CAAAAAAAUGUGAGACCCUCUCUCAUUGAAGCACAUUCCUCAAAAUAACUGAAUUCUCUCUCUCCCCCUCUCUCUUCCAUGGCUUCCUUCUCUGCUUCUUUUGCCAAACCCACCUUCUUCUCUUCUUCUUCUUCACAGUCGAACUCAAAAUCCUCUGCUCUUUCCUUCCUCUACAACACCUCUGCUUCCUCCAUACCCACCACUUCCCUCAAGCUCUCUCGCCAUUCUCGACGCUUCUCUCUCCUUGUCAACAAUGUUUUGAGGACGCUUGACCCUUCGAAGUCCUCUGUCUUAACCCCUAACGUCGAUCUUGAAUCUUCCUCCUUAGGUCCCAAACCCACGAUCUUGGUCUCUGAGAAGCUCGGAGACUCUGGCCUUCAAGUAUUGAGAGAGUUUGGGCGCGUUGAAUGUUCUUACAACCUCUCGCUGGAAGAGCUCUGCUCCAAGAUCGCAUCCUUUGAUGCUUUGAUUGUUCGGAGCGGCACAAAGGUGACGAGGCAGGUGUUUGAGGCUGCGAAGGGGAAGUUGAAGGUUGUGGGUAGAGCUGGAGUGGGGAUUGAUAAUGUGGAUCUGCAAGCUGCGACGGAGUUUGGGUGUCUCGUCGUUAAUGCGCCGACGGCAAAUACUAUUGCUGCGGCAGAGCAUGGGAUCGCUCUGCUCACUGCCAUGGCAAGAAAUGUUGCUCAGGCUGACGCCUCCAUGAAAGCUGGCAAAUGGGAAAGAAGCAAAUAUGUUGGGGUUUCACUGGUGGGGAAGACCAUAGCAAUAAUGGGGUUUGGAAAAGUAGGAUCUGAAGUGGCUAGGCGUGCAAAGGGUUUGGGUAUGAACGUGAUCGCUCAUGACCCAUAUGCUCCAGCAGACAGAGCCAGAGCAAUUGGGGUUGAUCUGGUAUCGUUUGAGCAGGCCAUAACCACUGCAGAUUUUAUCUCCCUCCACAUGCCUCUCACCCCCACCACUAACAAGAUCUUUAAUGACCAUACUUUCUCCAAUAUGAAGAAGGGAGUCCGCGUCAUCAAUGUCGCUAGAGGUGGAGUUAUAGAUGAAGAUGCAUUAGUCAGAGCCCUUGACAGUGGAAUUGUCGCUCAGGCUGCACUUGAUGUCUUCACUGAGGAGCCUCCAUCCCCAGACAGUAAGUUGAUUCAACAUGAGAAUGUCACUGUCACGCCUCAUCUUGGAGCUAGCACGAAAGAGGCACAGGAGGGUGUAGCCAUUGAAGUAGCAGAAGCUGUACUUGGAGCAUUGAAAGGAGAACUUUCUGCAACUGCUGUUAAUGCUCCCUUGGUUGCUCCUGAGGUGAUGACUGAACUGGCUCCUUUUGUUGAGCUAGCCAAGAAACUAGGCAGGCUAGCUGUGCAAUUGGUGUCUGGAGGAAGUGGAAUUAAAUCUGUGAAGGUGGUUUAUCGAUCCGCCAGAGAUCCAGAUAACUUGGACACAAGGCUUCUGCGAGCGAUGAUCACAAAAGGCAUCAUCGAACCAAUAUCAGACUCGAUCAUUAACCUUGUAAAUGCAGAUUUCAUAGCAAAGCAGAAGGGUCUUCGCAUCAGUGAGGAAAGGGUGGUGGUUAAUUCAUCUCCAGAGGUCCCAGUGGACUCAAUUCAGGUACUGAUAUCAAACGUGGAGUCGAAGCUUGCAAGUGCUGUAUCUGAGACCAAUGGAGUGAUAAGCAUUGAGGGGAAAGUGAAAUCUGGGGUGCCUCAUCUCAUAAAGGUUGGAUUAUUUGAUGUGGAUGUGAGCUUAGAGGGGAACUUAAUAUUGUGUCGCCAGGUUGAUCAACCUGGCAUGAUUGGCCAAGUUGGGAACAUACUGGGUGAUCAGAAUGUGAAUGUGAGCUUCAUGAGUGUGGGAAGAACUUCAAGGGGGAAGAAGGCCAUUAUGGCUAUUUGUGUUGACGAAGAACCAAACACUGAGACUCUUAACAAGAUAGGGUCUGUGUCUGCCAUUGAAGAGUUCGUCUUCCUUAAUCUAUAGUUCAUACAACAAGGUUCAGGACGCAAGGUUCUUUAGAGUGGUAGAGAAAGCAUUAUGUAUCGUAAGGUGUCUGGUUGUAUGAGCUGGGAAUAAAGCUUGCUGAACCACAAACAGCCCCUUUCAAUGUUUUUCUCUCUUUUUUAAAUGAUCGUUGUUGUUUUGUCUUGUAAGUUGCGCUAUUUUUAAUGCUCAGUGAAAAGUUUCAGAUUCUAA